AUCAGAAUCAAUACAGACACCGAGAGAUAAACGUCGUGAGUUAUUUUAAAAUAUUCAUUACGUGGGUUAUUUUAAAACCUAAUGCUAAAAGGUUCAAAAAUAAUUAAUUGUGCGAUAGUUAGAAAGAUGGAAGCCCCUCUAGUUGUUGAUGGAAGUUUUCUUGAAGGAGGUGGCCAAAUUUUGCGUUUAGCUAUCUCUUACAGUGCCAUCUUAGGUAUUCCAAUACGUGUGAUAAGCAUUAGAGCAAAUCGACCAAAACCUGGAUUGGCUCAGCAGCACUUAAAUGGUAUAAAACUGGUUGCUGACAUGUGUGGAGGUGAUCUAAAGGGUGCUUAUUUAGGAUCUACAGAAGUUGAGUUUUAUCCAAAGACUGUAAAAGGUGGUUUUUUCAAAAUGCAUUUGACAACUGCUGGAUCUAUCGCUUUAAUGCUUCAGAGUGCACUACCUGUUUCAUUAUUUGCUAAGAAUGAUGUACAACUUUCUCUUGGUGGUGGAACCGAUUGUUCAUUUGCUCCAUUGAUUGAUUACACUAUAGAUGUCUUAGGUUUCUACCUGAAAAAAUUUGAUAUAGAUCUCAAUUUAGUACUUAAACAAAGAGGGCUUUUUCCGAAAGGUGGUGGCAGAGUUGAAGCACAUAUUAAGAAAUUAGAAAAACCUUUGAAACCUUUAGUUAUCGAAGAAGCAGGAAAAUGCUGUCAAAUUAAUACUAAAGUUAUUUAUACAGGACCGGAAUCUGAUAAAGGUUCACACUAUGUAGUAAAAAGUAUAGAAAAAACCUUUGAAUCAUUGAAAUCUUCAGGUAUAGAAAUAAAAACUGACAGAAUUAAGGAAACCCGAAUGAUACCAAAUAGUGCAGAUACUAUUUUGUUAGAUGUUACAUAUAUAACUGAUAAAGGUGUCAAAUGUAGUACGUCUAGAAUAUUUGACAAUCCUAGAAAUAACAAGCGUAAAUUUGAUAGAAAUUCACACCCAGAGACAUUUCACAGUCAGUCUUCAAAAAUUGAACAAAUAUCUAGUGAAGCUGCAAAUGAAAUUAUUAAUCUUAUUAAAAACUCUGUAUGCUGUGAUAGUCACAUGCAGGAUCAAUUGAUUGUAUUUAUGGCAUUAGCAGAGGGUACCUCGAGGAUUGUAGUAGAUCAAAUUACUGAUCAUACUCGAACAACACAAUAUGUAACACAUUUGUUGACAAAGGCCGAAGUAAACUUCAUACCUAUUGAUAAUGAUUCCCGAUACAUAAUUGAAUGUAAAGGAAUUGGAAUGGCGCCGAAAUAACAAUUAUACAUUGUAAUAUAUUUAUUUCAUCAAAUUGGA